CUGGCUGGGGAUUCGUCCGGAGUACCGGAGCAAUCAUUAUUGAAGGAUGCGAUUCUACUUGUUGGAUGGCCUUGGCUUGAAGCUUGCAUUGGUGGUGCUUGGUUGUGCCCGUUGGAGUCGUUCCAUGCAAAUCAGUGCCCCCUGACGCAUAAUAUGGGGGCGUGUGAACCUGGGCCUCCAGUACCUCAGCGCUACCAGUAUCGAUAAAAGCUAUCGCAGGGCCCUCACUCAGCUCUGGUCACAAUUGAUUGAAGGUGACAAGUUUGAAGUUAUCCAGGGGCAAUAUUAUGAUAAUACAGACUUCGAACUUCAAGGAAAUGGCUGGUUAGUGUUUGGACUAGUUGGUAGUUGGAACAGGUUGAAGUUAUUUAAACGAGACAGCGCGCCGGAAGAAAGGGAGCCGACCCCAUUGUGACCGCCUUUGUUCCACCAAAGAUCCGGCGCUUUGUUUUGACGAACACCUGUCAACAAGACCAAUUGUGCUUAAAACGAGUCUGCCAGGCUUAUCCAUACUCCUGAAAAGCAGAAGGAAGGUUUGAUAGUCCCUAUCGCUAUGUCAUAUCAACAACAGAUCCCGACAGUCACAUUGCAUGAUCUUCAGGAGUUCAAUGCCCGCCAUUUCUUUCACAGGAACAACCAUGGAUCAGUACAACCCUUGAUACCGGUAGCGGAUGUCGAACAGCUUGACGAUGGCGAUGAUGAUCUCGGAUACUACCCGGAUGGGACGAAACGGACCCUCACAGAUAAACAAGUCGAAAUCUUUAGGCACAGCGAAAUCCAAAAGCUGCAGCGCGAAAAGAGGCGGAAAGAGAUGGCUGAUCGAGAACAAGCUGAAGUCGAAGCUCUAACUGACACAUCCAAGGAACCUCUAGCCGGUGCCGGCCGGUCGGAAGCCAAGGGAGGUGGACAGGGUUCAUCAGAGUAUCAACAACAGAGCUUCGAAGGAACCGAAAAAUCAUAUCACGAUGUUGAUAGAAAGUCAACGGAAGACAACAAGAUACGGGAUGGGAAUGGGGGUGCUAAAAAACUACUCGCGUACGCAGACGAAGGAACAACGUUCGGACAUUCUCAGAAACCUGCUUCGUCCUCCGGCACGAAUCCAUUUGGUCGACGCCUGGUUAGUUACGACGAUUAAAAUCCAACUAUAGUCCAAAUGUUCACAACUGUGAACCAUCAAUGGCGGAACCAGGUAGCGAACCAUGGAAAUAUAGCAAAGCUCUUGUUUCAAUUCAACGGAGGACAGUCCAUGCGGGCCAAUUGAAGUGUGGGCCCUUUAUACUUACCUAUUACCUGCGGUGGCAUCCCAAUUUUCUUUUUGCCUUGUUCUCGAGCUAGUUUGGGCGACUAAUAAAUCUAGGAUCCCUUGCUAGCAAGAAUAUCGGACGCCCGAGCCAACUCAUUCGACCUAUCCAGGUAAACUAGGGUUUUGUAUGUGCUACAUUGACAAAGCAGUGAGCAGGAGACACCUUUGAUAAUGAGUGGCAUAUGCAUGCCGGGGCGGCCACCCGGGACAGCCUUCCUUCAGUAUGUUGCCAAACUCCUGCGGCAUGUGAAUUUCAAAUGCAGAAUACGGAAGUAACAGGGUCCAUGGAUCCCUGACAGCUACUAUUGUCAAAAAUUUCUUGUGCUUUCAAAUAUGCAAGGGUAUAUCGUUUGUUGAGGAGGGAGAUAUAUGAUCCCGACAUAAAUUGUUCAAUUUCUUGCUAUCUGGCUUGCAGAGGUAUAAUUCAGGUACAUAUUCAACAAAGCCGCCCUCAUCUCGGCCAGUGAAGAGCUCUGUCGUUUCAUGCAAAGGCCUUGUUCUUGCUAUCUACCUGGUGGCCAACAGAUCGUCCGAGAUAUUGAAAUGAACAACGGAUACAUAUUAUCAAUAGGUCUUCAGUAUCCAAAAAUCAAGUUCGGCCCUUAUCAGUUCCAGCGAAGCCGUGUACGAGCGAUAGUUGGGUGAUUGUGAAUUAGCUUUAGGAGGGGGGGUGGUUUUGAAAUGUAGGAAAACGACAUGAUCGAUGAAAGCGGGCGGUACGGUUUUCGACUCCUCUAUGUGAAGGUAACUUUUGUGUUGCGAUGAAACGGAAGAAUAUUGACGUCUAUGUUCUUGAACCAUCACGGGGACGGCCUUGUCAAACCAUCUAACUCGAACCCGCCGUGUUUCCUUUGGUGUCCAAUUCACUGUCUUGCGGAGACACCGUAGGAGGGUCUGUUGAAGCUGUCACAUUCAUGACGCUUUCAUGGUCGCGUGUUCCUCUCGCCCUGGAGUGAGGUUCGACCUUUUCCAGCCAAUGAGUUACCACCCGGUGUUUGUCCCACGCGAGACGGCUACGCUCGAGGAGACCCAGCUCGAAGCUUUCUGGGGACUGCUGGCUGUUUUCCAUGCUAUGGCUCGUCAGCAAGUGCUACUAGCAUUGGUUCAAUGUUGUGUAACUCACUUGGGACGAUGUCACGCCGAACGUUUCUAUGGCUUUUUCUUUGAUGGGAACACCACAGAUGCUUUGACAGCAGGAUUUUGGAUGGGGAUUAAUCUAUUAUCUCCCGCGAGUUGGGUUGUAUCGAGGGACUCAAGAAUUGCUGCCGGGAGAGUGAUGUCGGUAGGGUUGGAUUUGUUCGAUACUUGCGUCCAAAAGGGCCACCAUCUGUCUUUUAAGGCGUCUGAAGAUUGGAUACUAUGGAUGCUCAAUAGUCCACAACGACCACUCAGCCACAGCCGCUCCAUGCCCAGUGGUAAUAGGAUUAACUCAGAGUCAGUCACCGCCUCUUAAGCCUCGAGGUAUUUCCCUUUUUGAAUCGCCUUAUUCCCGCUCGGACUACCUCAAACAUGACGACUCCGCCUAGCAAUGGUAUUGGUUAUUGGGAAAUGGCCUGCGCGGAUGCUAGCUUACUCUUGAUGCUGGAGACGGCACCGAAGCAACCCGGAGAGACACUUGCAUCAAGUCGACCAUGGUGUUCCGGGUUUCGACUCACCAAGUGAUGAUAUAUCAUAUUUCUCUUAAUUCCGCUUGGGCUUGUACUUUUUUCAUAAACGGAGCUAGAGAAGUGAGAAGUGGGAGCACUUUCGCUCUGGACAUGAGACACGUUUGCCCGCGGCGAUCUCUACCCCUGUCAUACUCAGCGCUCCGACUGGAACCGCGUCUUUGGUGACUUUAGUGGACUGUGGUGUUAAGUGAAGCGAGGACGUUAGAGUUGGGACUUCUAUCAAACCUAUGUACUGCCCUGAUGUUGAAUUCCGGAUCUUCUUGUGCAGAUGGACUCUCGAACUUUCAAGCAAAAGCAAGGCAACUAAUGAAGAUGGUAUUAAUCAAAACUGAGUUUCAUACCGAGCGGUACAAGAAUGCUCAAGUGAAGAAUGCGGAAGUGCGCUUCAUGCUGAGUUGUUGCUUUGCGUUUCUAUUUGAGUAGACUCUUUCACGCCCGCGCAUGGUUUUGGAAGCGUACUUGGCAGGGAUUGCCAUGACCCUGAAGACCUUUACCCGCACGGCUUCUGUGUCGAUACGCGCCUGGUUUUACAUCGAAUAGAGUAUCCAUGAGUCGACCAACCCUAUAUUCGGAGGCCCUAUCAGACUCUGGUCUUCACUACGCUAUAUCUUUGCCAAAUUCCGAGUCAUGUUCACUAAAAUUUACAUCCGUUAUUUCGCAACUUGUCCAACUGUACUUGAAUUUAUCAGAUUGUUCAUUUUUCACUCCUCCUUUUUGACUGCACUGCACAACGGCUAGGGCAUUUCCCUUUUAGCAUGCCACACGACACACCAGUCCAAGGGCGAACCAAUAAAUUAGCCGUGACUCAAUCUAACCUGGGUAUUUCGGCCAUCAAUUUUAUUUGAAGCAAAAAUCUUUCUCGGCAUUCUCUGCUGAGCGGUGCACAACUAGCAAUAGGCUGUGCUUCAUUGCGCUAAAGUACUGGCUGCUUUGGCUUUACAGCGGGGAUUUUUGGUGGUGCUUGGCCCGCGUCCACAUUAUGUUUUCAUGAACAAUAUUCAUUGGGCUAAGCUGGCAUUGGAAGAUAAGAGGAAAUUAAAAUUAAAGAUAUGUAUGCCAACCACUUUUACCCCUUUAACAUGCUUUGAGCCUGAACAGGGAUUAAACUUUCCCUUUUUUUUUUUUUUUUUUUUUUUUU